AUGGCGACCCGCAGGCUCUUGCUUGCAAUGGUGCUAUGCUGGCCUUGCCGUGGAGUCCACGUGUUCCGAACCAAGGCGGAGCUCAGAACAGCCCUGGAGGAGAGAGAUGCGGCCACGGCUCAGCCCCGAAAGGACCUGCCAAGCGACUUCGGGCCAGCGGCCACAUGGGAUGUCUCAGAGAUCACAGACAUGGGCGCCAUGCUCCAGAAUUUGGUUCAUUUCGACGAGGACAUUAGCAGAUGGAACGUGACCUCUGUCACGAACAUGAGCCACAUGUUUGCUGGCACCGGGGCAUUUGACCAGCCGAUCGAAUCCUGGGACACAUCGUCCGUCACAGACAUGAGCGCUAUGUUUUCUGGUGCCAACACAUUCAACCAGCCAAUUGGCUCUUGGGACACCUCCUCCGUCACAAACAUGCGUUUGAUGUUCGCAGGCUCGGUGUUCAACCAGCCGAUUGGCUCUUGGGACACUUCAUCUGUCACAAACAUGGAGAUGAUGUUUGGUUAUUCGCCCUUCAAUCAGCCCAUCGGCUCUUGGGACACUUCAUCCGUCACAACCAUGUCCGGCAUGUUCUCAAGCGCCACGGGCUUUAACCAACCCAUUGGCACCUGGAACACGUCGUCGGUCUCCAACAUGUCUUUCAUGUUCUUCAUGGCCUCUCUGUUCAAUCAGCCGGUUGGUGCCUGGAACACAGCAUCUGUCACGGUCAUGGACUGGAUGUUCAGCCAGGCCAGCGCUUUCAAUCGGCCGGUUGUCGCCUGGAACACGUCAGCAGUAAUCAGCGUGGACAUGAUGUUCUUCAAGGCCUCUGCAUUCAAUCAGCCGAUUGGCGACUGGGACAUGUCGUCUGUUACGAGCGCCAAGUGGAUGUUAGCUGGGGCCUCCUCAUUCAAUCAGCCAGUGGGUGAAUGGGAUAUGUCAGCGGUAGCUGACGUCAGCGAUUUGUUUGCAGGAGCCGCUGCGUUCAACCAGCCGAUUGGCUCUUGGAAUCUGACUAGGGCCAGGGCCGAAGGCUCAUUGGAUAAAUUGGUCUCUAGUCUCUCAUCCUCGGGUCUCUCGCCCUGCACCAAGUUGGCGACCCGGCGCGGGUGGGGCAAGCUCGUCACAAACACCACCUGGGAGGAAGCAGCAUGCAGCAGCUGCCCAUGUCCAAACGCAGAGGUCUGCAUGGUGGAUACCUGUGCACCGGUGAACAGCGGCUUCAUCGAUCUGGGCCGAGCCUACUGGGCACGCAGCCCCCACGAGGUUUCCACCCCAGAAGUUGGAUUCCGCGAUUGUUCCCAGGCUUGCCGAAAGCAGGUGGCAUGCACGGGCUUUCUACUGCUUGCCAACAAGAGCUGCGUGCUUGGAUAUUCCAACGAGCAGCCGGAGAAGCGGCCGUCGGCCACAGGCGAUCCUGCUGCAUUCUGGAAGCAUACCUGCGCCACUUUCCACCAUUGCCCCGCCGGUCGCAAGCGGCUUUCAUCCCGCGAAGCUCGCGUAAGUGAGGCGCUUUGCUGUUCUUGCUCCUUGGGGCAGUACAAGAACCUGUCAGCAGCUCCGUCGCUGCAGUGCUUGCAAUGCCUGGCGGGAGCAGUUCCUUCCGAGAAUGGGACUGCCUGCGACGCCUGCCCUGCGGGCCGCUACUCGCGGCCGGGGUUCUCGCGCUGUUCUCCCUGUGGGCCUGGCUCCAUUCCCACGAAGGAUCGGGGCACCUGUGAGCGGUGCCCAGCGGGCAUGUUCUCGGUCGGUGGUGUGGACCAAUGCCAGGAAUGCAAUUUUCCCUUCCUGAUCAUGGACGAUGCCUGCGCAUGGUGGCCCCUGCCGCUCAUGGGGGUCAUGGUUGCCGCGCUGUUGCUGCUGGCAAGCUUCCUGGGCUCCUGGCUUCGGAGGCGCCGUCUCCGAAAGCAGGCGCAGCUGAAGUCGGACGUUGCCGCCCGGUACAGCAUGCUCUACCGGGAUCUGUGGGAUGAGUUGGAGGACGUCGUCGCGAAGCACACCUUAGACCUUAAGAGGCUCGGUGUGAACCAAGAGGAGGUUGACAGAAGGGUCGUGGACAUGAGGGCACAGCAGAGCUCACGCGCCGGCGUGAGCAUGAGAUACUUGCUCUCAUCGGAGUUCGACAUGCUGGCCCAGACCCGGACCUCCACGAUGGAUCCAUCCUUUGAGGAGAUGAAGACAUCCUUCUGGUUCAGCGAGGAUCCCAUUGGGAAGCAGGUACCUUGCCCACGUGACGGGAAGCCCGGCUGCGCGCUGGUGGACUGGAUCCCCCGCAAGGAUCGGCGAGAGCAGACUCACUUCAUGUCCUGGGUGUGGCGAUACCGCCUGAGCCAAGUCCACAGCGCGUUGCGGGUGUGGGCUCAGGGGACACCCUCCAUGGCGCUUCACGAGGUCUUCUUCUUCAUGUGUUUUUUUGUGAACAAUCAGUUUAGGGUUCUCGUGGACCAGACCCAGUCGGCCAGCAGCGACCUCGGCGCGGUCUUUCGCGUGAACCUCCUCCGCUGCGGACGGAUGGUUGCCAUCUUGGACACCUGGAAGGAGCCCCUCUACCUGCGGCGGGUUUGGACAAUCUACGAGCAGUUCGUGGCCUCUACCAUGCAGGUUCCGACGAGCUUUGUGAUGCCAGAGGCCUGCACCAUCUCGUUGCGUGAGGAGAUUGCAACAGGCCAGGACGGCAUUCGCCGCAUAACAGAGGCAGUCAGUCGAGUGGAUUCGGAGAAGGCCGAGGCGACGAAGUGGGAGGACGAGUACAAUGUAAAGCAGGAGAUACAGCGCGGCGUCGGCUUCAGUCACGUCGACAAGCACGUGACGGGUGCCAUGGUUCGGUGGAUCGGAUCCGCGAUGCAGACACAGUUUCAGCAGCUCGUAGAUGAAGCCCGUGAUCAGCGCACCAUCAGUUGA